UUCAGCAGUUUGCAAGCACACACUGCUUCAGUAUUAUGGGUGCGUGGCUCUCUACUAUGUUUUCUCAAUCUACUGGAAGCCCGUUGAAAUGGGUUGAGCUUCCCGCCAAUCGACUCGGGGGCACUUUUGCUUCUCUUAUACUCCAAAAUAUCAAGGGUCACGACGACUGGCACACAUUGAAGGCUCCCGCAUUUUAUGGACCAGAGAAUGAGUGGGAGGCUGUCAGCCAAGAGUCUCCACAAACAAGCGACGAGCUUCGUAUCAUUUCUAUUAACAGCCGAAACAUUGAAUCUGAAGUUAAAGACUGUUCAGUUUUAACUGAGUUUGGCCCUGGUGAUGGAAACAAAACAAUGGAGAUGCUAAAAUUGGCUAAAAAAUUAAAUAUAUAUCGAAUGGUGGACACGGAUCGAGACGCCAUCGCGAAGCUUGGAGCAAGGAUAACCAAGCUUUACCCUCACCUUCAUAUUCAAUGCUGGCGAGGUUCAUUUGAAUCAGCUCCUAGUUACGCUACCGAAAACCACCUUCAUCUUGGACACGUCCUGUCAUUAGGAUCUACCCUCUUCAACAACUCACCGGAAGUGAAUAACAAAAUAUUACGAGAUUUGGCACAUAUUACGGACAAAAUAAUUAUAGGUCAAGACGGAAAUACAGACGACAGUAUCCGCUCCUCAUACACUACACCCGCCUUCGACAAAUUCAUCAACAAGGGUUGUGGUGAGCUGGAUAACAUGUUGAAUAGUAUCGAUCACAACACAGAUCGCGCCAUACUUCAAAAUGAGGGAUGGCAGUCAGAAGUUUGCAUCGUCCACGGGCCUGCUUCCCAUGUGGCAUUGCAAUUAGUAGCUACAAAAGUUAUGGAGUUCAUCUUCAACGAGGAUACAGCGGAAGAAGAGAAAGUACUCAUCGAAAAAAACACUCGAUUCAACAUAUUUAAGGCCUAUAAGUACAGCCAGCAAUCUAUUGAAUCGAUGGCUGCCGAAGCUAGCUACGUUAGGUCAGCUACAUAUUCAGCUCCUAAUACGGAGUCUCACAUGAUGGCUAGCCUCACGAUUGUCGAGGAUCUCAGGAAGUUGGAUAUUGAAAUUGUGCAUAUGGCCAGAAACAUCGUGACUGUGAUAUAG